GAUCUGUGCUCAGAGUCAGUCAGCAUUAUUUCACCAUUGUUAGGAAAAGGAAUAGCAACAAGAGGGGGAGAGAGUCGAUCCUGUGACUGUGGUCUGUGGUUCCUCUGUAGGGCUUGCCCUCAUUCUGAGUGACUAAUGAGAUAUAGAUCUGACCAAGCUCUUGCACUCAAACAGGUAUUGUUUUCUACACUGUGGAGAAACCCUGAACAUGAUGACCUCAGCAAUGGAGAGCAAGGAGGAGAUUAGCGACACGGACAGCGGCAUCAUCCUACACUCUGGUCCAGACAGCCCCACGUCCCCAGUGAAGGACCUGACCACCCGGGCCAUGAAGAUGAAACAGCAGUCCCUGGAGGACCGCCUGGAGCUGUGCCUGCUGGAGCUCAAGAAACUCUGUGUCCGGGAGGCUGAGCUGACAGGAAAGCUGUCCUCAGAUUACCCUUUAAUGCCCGAUGAGAAGGCCCCUCGCGUUCGCAGGAGAAUUGGAGCUGCCUUCAAAGUCGACACGGGCCUGAUACACAAGGACGGAGAGGACCCAGAGCUCCACUCCCUGCAGGCCAACCUCGCCCUGCAGCUGCAGAUCUUCGACGCGGCGCGGCGUCUCUCCCAGGAGGACAGCCUGAGCAAGUCUGUGAGGAAGAACCGUCUGCAGCAGUGCAAGAGGGAGGAGAGGAAGGUGAAGGACCUGCAGGAGGCUGUCUUUCAGCACAGGAUCAGGCACGAAUGCGCCUCCCCAAGAACCAUCGCCAGAGCCAGUCACAGAGAUCCUUGCAUGUCCGACGACAGCUCCCUGUCUGACGUGGUGGCCUUGGAUGAUGACACAGACUGCAGUCCUCACUCCCCCCCAGCAUCGGGCUCUCCCUCCUCAGAUUCCCUCCAGUCCCUGCAGGGCUCUCUCCAGCAGUCCUCAGGCCAGAUCCUGAGCUCCAGCUCCAGUAUGGAGGACCAGUGCUCUCCCAUCCAGAACUCCCCCUGGAAAGAGUCCAGCCUGGACCAGCCCUACCAAAAGCCCAACAAGCCUCCCUCACCCAGCAGCAGCCGGUCCAGCAGUCCAGUCGGACCUCUUGUGUGUCCAGACAUCAGGGCUCUCCCCUCCCACUUCCCCUCCAUCAAGAACAUGGCCCUGCGCCAGGCCCACUCCACCAGCGCCCCCUCCACCCCGGAGCUGCAUGUGCGCCGCCAGUACUCCCAGUCCUUCAGACUCCCUAAAACAAAGCCUGUCCUCGACGUGAACCGUCUGGGUUUGGACCAGGGCCGCGGACGUGCCCGGCUGCCUCAGCGCCGUCGUGUGCCAGAGGUCUUGGUGAGGAGCCCAGAGUACUCCCCGCAGCGCCUCUACCAGUCCAGCUCGGAGGACAGCAGCUCCGAACACUCGCUCCCCUCCCACGCCAGCUCUCCCAGCAGAGACAACCACCCCACGGAGAUCCCCAAACUCUGCCCACCCCCUUACGGAUUCCAUUUUGGAGCGCGGAACAGUGUGUGCCCUUCCUCCUUCAACCCUAGUCCUACUUUGAGUAAGAACAACCAGCCUCAGUCCAGCCCCAGCUACUGCAGGGCUGUGAUGGAGGAGGGUCCUCUCUCCCCCUGCUCCCCUCAGGAUCUGGAUGUGAGGAAGCUUUACAUGUCUCCCCCUCCCUCUGUGGCCCGCAUCCACCAGCAGAGAGCAUAUCCCCAGCAGGACAGGCCCUCGGCCCCGCCCCAGAAGGUGCACAAGCCCCCGCCACCGUACACCAGGUUGGUCCGCACCCCAUCGUUGAGGGAAUACCCGAACCAUGCCUUUCGGGUACUGCCCAGGGACAUGGUGUGUGCCGAGCUCAAGUCAUGGCACCAGCGGAACCAGUUUGAGAAGUCGGGGCAAGGAAUGCUGGAACGCCCGGGUUCCUUCAGGGUGACAAGCCCCAUCUCACCUCACCUGCCCCCCUUCAAACAGGAAAUUCCAGGAAAGUUGAUUCUCCAAAGAGCACCAGACGGGACUCCAGUCCAGUGGUUUGUAGAGGAGGAUGCAGAGAUAGUGAGCCAGGUCUAAACAGGCAGACUCACCCUGAGUGGCAUGCUGGGUAAUGUAGUCUACACUACACAAGGAUCCCUCAGCAUGUAUGUCAGUAUUUAUAAUGGAGCCAAUGGAUUCUUUGUGAGAUUGUAUGUCCCAGAGUGGGCCCAAGUGUACCAUGAGAAGCAUCUCUUCCCUGAUGACCUAUUUAUAUUUUGUGUUUUGAAGUGGUUUGGACUUUUCUAUGUAAGGCAGUAUGCCAGUUAAUUUAAAUUAACUUGUUUUCUUUUUCUUUCUGGUGAGUCAGGUAGAUAUUUUACUACAGGAUGAAUAUUAUGUUGUUGUAACAAGUUUUAUAAAUUUGUCACAGAUGAUGACAUAGAUACUGUCUGUAGCUGAAGGAUUUCUUUGUGGCUGGCACACAUUUUGCACAAGUGGUUCACCAAGUUUCCAAAUAAAGUUUGACCUUUCCUAAUAUAA